GCUUCCCUCAACCACUGCCUUCGCGCGCCUCGCAGUGCGUUCUGGGAAGUGUAGUUUCUGCGAGUCACCAGCGAGAAACUGGGCCCGGGAAGAAGUGUACAAACAGUUACAACGCGUGGCCGUGGCCGGGCCGGAGGUCUCGGGAGGUCAAGAGACCAAGCUGUAGGCAGGCUGAUUUUCCCGAAUACACUUCAAGCACCUGAAGAUAGUCGAGCCCCCAGCAAUGGAUAAAUUUGUCAUUCGAACGCCUAGGAUCCAGAAUAGCCCGAAGAAGAAACUCGGAGAAAAGGUUUACAAGCAAGCCACGAUCGAGUCUUUGAAGAGAGUUGUGGUUAUAGAAGACAUAAAAAGAUGGAAAACUAUGUUGGAGCUUCCUGAUCAAACCAAAGAAAACCUAGUUGCUGCCUUACAAGAAUUAAAGAAGAAAAUUCCCUCCAGGGAGGUGUUGAGAUCGACAAGGAUAGUGUGGAUUUUCUUUCUGACCGGGUCUUACUGUAUACCCUGGCCUGCUCCACCUCCUGAGUGCUGGGUUACAGGUCAUGCUGUGAACAAGAUGCGCAGGCACUCAGACCCAGAGGUGGCAGGUCUUGCCAAAGAAGUUUACACUGAGUGGAAAACUUUCAUUGAAAAACAUUUGGACAGACCUUCUAUUGAAGUCCGGAGUGAUCCAAAAACUGAGUCAUUUAGAAAGAAUGCCCAGAAGUUACUUUCAGAAGGCUUGGACUUGAAGAUGGAUCACCUACUGGUUGAAAAUAUUGAGCGGGAAACGUUUCAUCUCUGCUCCCGGCUCAUUAACGGGCCCUACCGGAGAACGGUGCGCGCUAUGGUCUUCACAUUAAAGCACCGAGCUGAGAUCCGGGAGCAGGUGAAGAGCGGGGCACUGCCAGUCGGCACGUUUGUACAGACCCACAAAAAGUGACCCGAGGACGGGCCCAGCGCUGGGCCUUGCUCCACCAUUCAAAGACUCUUUUGAGUUUAGGUGAUGCGGAUGUUGGCUGUGCUGGAUAUUCCCAUGGUGCCGUUCCUUCAGACAGAAUGUGGGGAGCCCUGGGAGAUAGGCCUGUGGGAGCGGCUUCAUUAGCUGCCUUGCGCUGGCGCUGCCUGACGGACGAACAGGGCUGUCACUAGGAAGCGCCAUCCAGUUGCCGUCACCCAGCACAAUGGAAGGGUGACAGGUUUCACUGCGAGCUCGCCAAGGACACCUCUAAACUUCCCCAUGUCAGGCAGAUGAAGUUACCACUUUAUUUCGCCACCCUGCAGGUAACUGAAACUCAAUUACUGCUGCUCCUCACUCGGUUCCAUCCCCCUGAGUUUAGACAGCUCCUCUGCCUCUCAGAACUCCCCUGUCUGCUCUCUUUGCUCUACCCCAGGGGUGAGCCCACUGGAGCCUGCGACCAGCCCUGCUUGCCAUCGCUCACUUAUCUGAGCCUUUCAGCUCUCCCUGGAAGACCUUCAGGGAUGGGCUCCCGAGCCCCCAUGCUGAGGCUUCUAAUGAGGAGCUGGCCUGAAGCUUCCCUGCACCUCAGGGUUCAUUUGAAUACGGGCUCUGUUGAAGAUGCAUAAUGAAAUUUCUCUUGCAGUGACUUACUGCAGUAAGAAAAAAGUGCAUACGUGAAGAUUUUCAAUGAAAUCCAUCUCUACAUGCCUGCUUGGAUGGUUAUGUAAAUGGUACUUGCUCUUUAAAAAGUAAUAGUAAACUGAGAUAUACUAAAACAA